CAUAUUUUGGAAAAGCCUGGUCAUACACCUUUCAGUACACUGUGUAAAUCAUUAGACAACCACUGGGUUGUGUUUUAUUUUUUGGUGGAAACUCAUUAAAGUAGAUUAUACAUUGUUAGGAAAUAGGUGAAAAACGCCAAAGGUGGAAGAGUCCAAUAAAGAUGGUUUAGGAAACUCUGUCUGCAGAACUUGAGUGUCAUUGCAAAAUAUGUCUAAAGGCAUAUGAAUGUUCCAGGAGGUGGUUGUCUAAUACACACACACAGAACACACACUCUCACACAUACAUAUAUUUAGGACGUGGUUGUCUAAAACAUGAAAAUACUUAUUAAAAGACUUAUUCAUAAAUUCCUAGUUUUCUAAGGUAUAUGAUUAAAUGCACAAUUAUUUGCAUAUAUAGUUACUCAUAUAGAAAAUAACAGUAAUACAUACUAAUACAGCACAGGAAUUAGCUGUUUCAUGCAUUACAACUGGAAAUCUACUUUUGCCCCACCCUGUACAUAAUCAGGACUGUAGGGUUUCUUUCUUUUGACAAUAUGUAAUCUUGACUCUGAAAGUUUACCAAGGAGAUUGUAUUGAAGAUCUGCUUUUGGUUUUUCUCACUAGGGUUGACCCCGGUAUCUUUGAUUGGCUUGAGCUUCUUUGUAAAGUGAGGGAAAUGCAUAUAUCACAUGAAUGAGACAACAUCGGAACUGAGAUGAAUGCUGAGUCAUCACUAGAGAGUGGGAAGGGCACCAGCGGCAGAGAAUCCAAACCCCAAAGCUGAUAUCACAGAGUCCCAUUUCUCCAAGCUGGGGGCUGGAGGGGAGCCAUCAUGAGCGAUGUUACCAUUGUGAAAGAAGGUUGGGUUCAGAAGAGGGGCGAAUAUAUAAAAAACUGGAGGCCAAGAUACUUCCUUUUGAAGACAGAUGGCUCAUUCAUAGGAUAUAAAGAGAAACCUCAAGACGUGGACUUACCUUAUCCCCUCAACAACUUUUCAGUGGCAAAAUGCCAGUUAAUGAAAACAGAACGACCAAAGCCAAACACAUUUAUUAUCCGAUGUCUCCAGUGGACCACUGUUAUAGAGCGAACAUUUCAUGUAGAUACUCCAGAGGAAAGGGAAGAAUGGACAGAAGCUAUUCAGGCUGUCGCGGACAGACUUCAGAGGCAAGAAGAGGAAAGAAUGAAUUGCAGUCCAACUUCACAAAUUGAUAAUAUUGGGGAGGAAGAGAUGGAUGCUUCUACCACCCACCAUAAAAGAAAGACAAUGAAUGACUUUGACUAUUUGAAACUACUAGGUAAAGGCACUUUUGGGAAAGUUAUUUUGGUUCGAGAGAAGGCCAGUGGGAAGUAUUACGCUAUGAAGAUUCUGAAGAAAGAAGUUAUUAUUGCAAAGGAUGAGGUGGCGCACACUCUCACAGAAAGCAGGGUCCUGAAGAACACCAGACACCCCUUCCUAACAUCAUUGAAAUACUCCUUCCAGACAAAAGACCGUUUGUGUUUUGUGAUGGAAUAUGUCAAUGGGGGCGAGCUGUUUUUCCAUUUGUCGAGAGAGCGGGUGUUCUCUGAGGACCGCACACGUUUCUAUGGUGCAGAAAUUGUCUCGGCCCUGGACUACCUACACUCCGGGAAGAUUGUGUACCGUGAUCUCAAGUUGGAGAAUUUGAUGCUGGAUAAAGACGGGCACAUAAAAAUUACGGAUUUUGGACUUUGCAAAGAAGGGAUCACGGAUGCAGCCACUAUGAAGACGUUCUGUGGGACACCAGAGUACCUGGCACCAGAGGUGUUAGAGGACAAUGACUAUGGCCGAGCCGUGGACUGGUGGGGCCUGGGUGUCGUCAUGUAUGAAAUGAUGUGUGGGAGGCUGCCUUUCUACAACCAGGAUCACGAAAAACUUUUUGAACUAAUACUAAUGGAAGACAUCAAAUUUCCUCGAACCCUCUCCUCAGAUGCAAAAUCACUGCUUUCAGGGCUCUUGAUAAAGGAUCCAAAUAAACGCCUUGGCGGAGGGCCAGAUGAUGCAAAAGAGAUUAUGAGACACAGUUUCUUCUCUGGAGUAAACUGGCAAGACGUUUAUGAUAAAAAGCUUGUACCUCCUUUUAAGCCUCAAGUAACAUCAGAGACAGAUACCAGAUAUUUUGAUGAAGAAUUUACAGCUCAGACUAUUACAAUAACACCACCUGAAAAAUAUGAUGAGGACGGCAUGGACUGCGUGGACAACGAGCGACGGCCGCACUUCCCGCAGUUCUCCUACUCGGCCAGCGGGCGCGAGUAGGCCCCGUGGGCUGCCUCACCGCCACCGAGUUACACCGAGAACGGCUCCUGGACACCAGACCAGUCCUCGCUCUCACAACAGCAGGGCGCCUUCGACAUCCCAGACCGGCCCCAGGUCUUCACCCCUCGCCACCUCUCACCCACCCGAGAACACACAUAUACGCAAAUACACUCGACUUUUUGUUUUUGCAUGAAAUUGUAUCUCAGUCUAAGGUCUCAUGCUGUUGCUGCUACUGUCUUACUAUUAUAGCAACUUUAAGAGGUAAUUUUACAAUCUUGGGAAGUCAUGAGCCCACCAUGAUUCAUCUGUGCACCAAGUGUCAUCUUCUGACCAUUCAGUUCUUGUUUCUCCCCUAACAGUGAAGGAUAAGUGAGAUACACUGAUUCUAGGUACAUUUUUUAACUUUCUAGAAGCUAAAUCAAAUCUAAUUAGACUAAGACGAUUUAGUUUGUAAUCCAGAACAAGCAGUUGUGGGAGGGUGGUGAUGUGCACAUGCAGAUUUUAGGAGAGCCUGUCAGAUCCGUGCGUACGUAGGUAUAUUCCACUAGGAUCUGGCUGAAAUGCCCGAGGGAGCAUUUGCGAGGACUGAACACCUAUUGAGAUGCGUAUCCAUCUCAGUAUAUGUAUUUGAAGUCCUGUCGGAUCCUGCAUAGGAAGCCUGGCGUUCCCCUUGGACGUCUAGAUGUCACAGGCAGUGGUGGGCAGACGAACUGCUCCACGAGGAAGGAAGCCUAUGCACAGCUGAGUCAAGGUCGUUUCAAGGUCUAAUAGGACGUGCAUCGGAGAGCAGUUUUUUCCCUGUGCUUGGAAACCUUUUUCCAUGAUAAUAUUUACUGCCUCCGAUGGCUGCAGAAUGUAGACAGGUAUAAUCCUGCUUUUCACCAAAACCUGUACACCGAGGUAAACGGGCGUUCGCCGUAUUUGUUUUCAUUUCCCAUUUCAGUUCUGCGUGAGUUAGCUUUUUCUCGGAUGUUGAAACUUUGAAUGUCCUUUUAUGAUUUUGUUUAUAUUGCAGUAGUAUUUAUUUUUAGUAAUGAGAACUGUAUGUCGUGUUAGCAAAUGCAGCUCCAGCUCACACACAGUAGACGUACUGCAGUUUGUUCCGACCCACGUGCAAGGAAUGUACACGCCGACGAGAUUCGUGCACGCUUCUCCUUUGUGAACACAUUUUGAUGAGGCUCUGAAAUUGUACAUACCGGUUAGAAUUUGGCUUUGGGAGAAGAUACGCUGUCUUCUGACCCCUUGGUGCUAAAAACGAGAACAUCCCCAAGUACCCACGCCAAGGGGUUAAUGAAACAAAUGGGCGUUUGCUCGUUUGAGAAUUGAGAUGUCAUGACGCCUGGCAACACGGUGAAACGAACACAGUGGAGACCUGAAUGA